AUGCACAAAAGGGAACUACACGUCAAGCAAUGUGAACAGUGCAAGAGGAAGGAAGGCGGCGUCAGUCUGGAGAUUAACAGCGAGGAAGUGCUGCACUAUAAGCCGGGACCUAUUGUCACAACCUCGCCAAAAGCUAGCUACGAUGGCUCGGCUUCGUUCGAUGAAAAGUCGCCCGUAUCGGAGGACUUCGUCUCAGUUCAGUCAGCAAGCCCGUCAACACUCUGCAAGGCGACACUUGCGAUCACGGGCAUGACAUGUUCGUCAUGUGUCUCGGCCAUCACGCAUGCGGUAGAGCAGCUGCCAGUUGUUCAAUCAAUCAACGUCAAUUUGCUGACGCAUACUGGCACUGUUGUCUUGAAUGGCAAACAUAAUUGCGAUGAGGUUGUAAACACAAUAGAAGACUGUGGAUUCGAUGUCUUCGUAGAGAAGCUUGAGGAUAUUCCCGCGCCAAGUUCGAGGAGUAUGGCCACAUCGAAACAAUCUGAAAGAUGGCGAGCUACUUACGCUAUUGGUGGCAUGACAUGUAGUCGUUGCUCUGGAUUCGUCAAUGACGCAUUGAUACAGCAUCCGUGGAUCGAAAAGGUGGAUGUCAAUCUUGUGUCCAAUACCGCAGUCGUUGUAUUCAAAGGAAAGGAGCAUCUCGCUGAAAUCAAAGAGAGUAUCGAAGAUGCUGGCUACGACGCAGACCUGGAUCAGGUCCUUCCUGAAGGAGCCACAACAAAAGACGCGACAGAAAGAUCAGUCGCAAUCCGUAUCCAUGGCAUGUUCUGUCAACACUGUCCAGAUAAUAUCAGACGGGGCCUCCAAGAAGCUUACCAUGAUCGUAUCGUUGUUGAAGGAUGGAAGUCAAUCUUCUCACUCCAUUCACCUACCCUGUACAUCAGAUACGUACCCGAUGCUCCAAGCUUCACGAUCCGGCACAUCUUCAAGACGAUCGCGAGUCUGAAUCCAGGAUUUCGGCCCUCUGUGUUCCACCCUCCGACAAUUGAAGCGCGGGCACGGGAAAUGCAUGCUCAGGAGAGAAAACGCACUCUACUCCGUUUGCUUCUCUGCGUCAUCGUUGCAAUACCCACGUUCGUUCUCGGAAUCGUCUUCAUGAGUCUGAUCAACUCGACGCAUCCCAUACGGAAAUACUUGAUGGGGACGAUGUGGGCUGGCAACGUGACACGGCUCAGCUGGGCACUCUUUAUUCUCGCGACACCCAUCUACUUCUUUGCGGCUGAUACAUUCCAUCGUCGAGCGAUCAAAGAAGUGAAGGCCAUGUGGAGACCUGGAAGCCGUACGCCAUACCUGCACCGAUUCACACGAUUCGGCAGCAUGAACAUGCUUAUUUGCCUCGGGACGAGUAUCGCGUACUUUGCUUCUGUCGUUGAGCUAAUUUUGGCUGCGACAAAGAAGACCAAAGGCUCCAUGGAUGAUUCUUACUUCGACGCGGUGGUCUUCCUUACCAUGUUCCUUCUCCUCGGCCGAUUUCUCGAAGCGUACAGCAAAGCUAAGACUGGAGAUGCAGUCACCUCUCUCGGAGAACUUCGUCCAGAUGAAGCUAUCUACUGGAAGUGGGCGACAUUGGUUCGCGUGUACCAUGGUACCUCGCCUCCGUUCGAUGGUGUUGUCCUGGACGGGAAAUCGAAUUUUGACGAAUCUAGCUUGACUGGCGAGUCGCGUCCUGUCAAGAAGGCCACUGGCGACACUGUGUUUUCUGGAACGAUCAACAAGGGCGCGCCCAUCACGAUCCGAAUUACGAGUAUAUCGGGCACCUCGAUGCUGGAUCAGAUCAUCGCCGCGGUUCGAGAAGGCCAGACUCGUCGCGCUCCUGUGGAACGUGUAGCCGAUACCAUCACAUCCCACUUUGUUCCUUUUGUCAUCGCCGUCGCCAUCAUCACCUGGCUUGUAUGGCUCAUACUCGGUACGACCGGAGGCAUACCGAAGAAGUGGAAGAAUGAAGGUGCUGGUGGCUGGGCUCUUUGGUCCUUGCGCUUUGCCAUCGCAGUCUUCGUUAUCGCAUGUCCCUGUGGCAUCGGUCUAGCUGCACCGACUGCCCUAUUUGUUGGUGGCGGUCUGGCGGCGAAGCACGGUAUACUCGUCCGAGGCGGAGGCGAGGCCUUCCAAGAAGCAAGUUCCCUGGAUUGCAUCGUCUUUGAUAAGACGGGUACCCUAACCGAGGGUGGUGACCCGGCUGUCACGGACCACAGGUUCUGUGGUAUCCGGAACAGUAGCUUGGUCCUGGGUAUCACGAAAGCUUUGGAGCUCCAGAGCAAUCAUCCCAUCUCGCGAGCGUUGGUGUCUUUUUGCGACAAGCAGAUCCAUGACAGUCCGACAGCGGUGGACGUUGAUGAAGUGCCUGGCAAAGGCUUGAAGGGAACAUUUAGGGUGGACGCACAUGAAAUCGUGGCCAUCAUUGGUAACGAGAGCUUCAUGGCAGACCAUCGUGUUCCCAUGGACGCGGAGAAUACGUUGGCAUUGCAGAUGUGGAAGUCGCAGGGCAAAUCAGUCGCCUUGCUAGCUCUGCAACUACCACAGACAGAGACAGAAAAGGCCGUUGCUUCUGAUGCUUCCGCACAACCUUCGGCGCCAACUUGGCAACUAGCCUGCAUUUUCUCCAUCGCAGACCCUCUCCGUCCCGAAGCAAUCAGUGUCAUUGCUGCUCUCAAGCAACGCGGUAUCGACGUCUGGAUGCUCUCCGGCGACAACCCUACCACCGCCAACGCUGUUGGUGAACAAGUCGGCAUCCCAGCCUCCAACAUCAUCGCCGGCGUGCUCCCCGACCAAAAAGCCGAGAAGAUUAAGUAUCUUCAGCAAACGCUCACCAAGCCUCACAAAACCGGUCUCUUCAACAUCCCUUUCAUGAGGUCGAAGAAAACACAACGCGCGACUGUCGCUAUGGUCGGUGAUGGCAUCAACGACGCCCCAGCACUCAGCACCGCCGACCUGAGCAUCGCGAUUGGUAGUGGAUCCGACAUUGCGCUCUCAUCCUCGUCGUUCAUCCUUAUCAACAGCCGCCUCACUACCAUACUCACUCUACUCGACCUCUCACGCGUCGUCUUUCGCCGGGUGUAUUUCAACUUUGGAUGGGCGCUGGUGUACAACAUGAUCGCCAUGCCAGUCGCAGCCGGUGUCUUAUUCCCAAUCACCACGGGCACGGAUCACAUGGAUAUGCAUCAUAACGGCGUGGGCAUGAAGGGAGCAUGUUCGCCUGGAUCCGGUGUGGGCGGCCCUGGCGAUGGCGCUGAGUAG